AUGACUUCUGAAGUCAAUCCGCCGCAAAUACCACAAUCGCUUCAGUCUCCUACAGCUAUUCCUCCGCGAACAAGCUCCAAUGGCGCUGUAAAUGGCAUUGCUGCGAGCGCCCAGCCAGUUGCCCCGGGCUUAGCCUCUAUCUCCGAGAGCGAAUGGAUGUCGUCUUCGAAACGAAAGUCACUCAGUACAACGAGCAAACAUGGCCGCAAUCGAUCGAGCAUGGAUUGGACAAAGGCCAAAGAAGUCAUGUGGACUCAGGAAAAAGAAAGUAUUAUUAUGGGGCCGUACGACUACAUCUCGAAGCAGCCAGGCAAGGAUAUCCGCAAACAGAUGAUUGCCGCAUUCAAUGUGUGGUUGAAGGUACCUGAACAGAGCUUGGCAAUUAUCACCAGAGUCAUUGCCAUGCUGCAUAAUGCUUCCUUGCUUAUCGACGAUGUUCAGGAUAACUCUGUUUUGCGACGGGGUAUCCCAGUCGCGCACAAUAUCUUUGGUACGGCUCAGACUAUCAAUUCCGCCAACUAUGUGUACUUUCUCGCAUUACAAGAAGUCCGAAAACUCAACAGUCCUGCGGCCAUGGAAAUCUACACCGAGGAGUUAUUGAAUCUACACAAAGGGCAGGGCAUGGACUUGUUUUGGAGAGACACCUUGACCUGUCCCACUGAAGAGGAGUAUCUCGAGAUGGUUGAUAACAAGACUGGGGGCCUCUUUCGACUGGCUGUCAAGCUGAUGCAGGCAGAGAGUGAGACUGGAAAAGAUUGUGUCCCACUCGUCAACGUACUCGGUCUUAUCUUCCAAAUUUGCGACGACUACCUCAACCUGUCAGAUAAAACAUACAACAAGAACAAAGGUCUCUGCGAGGAUCUGACGGAAGGAAAAUUCUCAUUCCCCAUCAUCCACAGCAUCCGCGCCGACCCAUCGAAUGUCCAAUUGAUCAACAUCCUAAAGCAAAAAACCAAGGACGAAGAAGUCAAACUUUACGCGGUCAACUACAUGGAAAGCACCGGCAGUUUUGCGCACACCAAGAAAGUUGUCUCGCAACUACGCGACAAGGCAUCGAAAUUGAUUGAUGAAAUGGACGGUAUCCAUGAUGGGAUCGAAGCAACGGACAGUCCGCGAGAUGGGCGAUAUGUAAGAGAGAUUUUGGAGAAGAUCACUGAAGUGACGCUCAAGGAUAAAGAGCGGGCAGUAUGA